UUUUGUUUCUGAGAGUUGUAAAAGUGACAUAUAGGUCACAUUUAAUUGACAGAUACCAUAUGGCAUGUUAUUAUGGCCUUAGUCUUGUAAGUUUUUUAUUUGUACUCUUCUUUCCCGUCUGUAAUUCGCAAACUUCAUCAUCCUCUGGAAAACACAAUGUUCAUCUUCUUCAAAAUGAAACCAAGAUUCUCAGGAAACCUCAGAACUCUCAAAGCAAUGACAUGAUGGAAGUGCAGAUGAAUGUCACUCUUCUUCAGAGCCCAGAAACUCCAAAAACUUCAGAUAUACUCUCACAAAAUGGCCAUCCUUCCUUCCGCCAUAACCAACGCCACCUUCAAAACGGCCAAGGGAUUCUGAUUUCAUAGGCUGGGGCAGUUUGAUAGUGAUAGGGGUAAUAGUGGCAAGGUAUUGCAGAAGCUUCCCAAUGGAGUGCGAAGAAUGGUACUCAGUUCACACGCUGUGUCAGACUGCAGGAUACCUUGUGGGCACUGUAGGAUGGUGCAUUAGCAUGUUGCUUGGGACUUCCUCUAAACAUUCUUCUUCCAAAACUCAUCGUACUCUCACUAUCAUUGCUUUCACUCUCCUAAGCCUUCAAAUGGUGUCCAUUUUGGUGAGAACAAAGAAAGAGGGAUACAUAAAGUGGUGGAGCAGAGGGCACAAGAUUUUGGGGUAUGUGAUAGUUGCAAUAAUCAUAGCAAAUAACAUAUUGGAAGGCAUCAACUAUCAAACUGAAAGUGGUGGGAAAUUGAAUUUGGUGUAUGUGGCCAUUCUUGCACUCCUCCUUCUCAUUGCUCUCUCUUUGGAAAUUUUCAGGUGUAUCAAGUCUAGGCCUUUCAUUCAUUGAUAUCUCUAUAUGUAACGCACACUUGAAUUAUUGGUUAAAUCUCUAUAUUUCAUUCUUUUU